AUGGUGGCGCAGUACUGGAGUGGGAGGAAGUGGGCCCGUGCUUCGUCGGCAAGAGAGGAAAGGGCCGAUUUCGCCGCUAAGCAUAGGACGCACUCUCCUAUUGCUAUGGGGCGAGUGCCUCCUUCUGUCUUGGCGAGGGCGAUGAGGCGAGAGGCUGUGAGUAGCGAGAAAACUUCCUCUGGGAGUGGCCCUUGGAGGAUGGUGCUAAUGAGAGCAUGGAGGUGGGUGGUAACGGCUGCGUUGGCGAUGGCUGCAUCCCUGAGCCUUUCUCCCAUCCCCGGCCUCUACCCGCUGCUCGCUGUCGCCCGCCUCUGCUGCCUCUUGAUGCCUGUGGCGCUUGGUGGCGAUUCCUCGCUCCCGUAUAUGCUGCGGCCCUUUGGCGUGGUGUCUGUUGCACCGGCUCUGUCGGUGCCUGUGGCCCUUGUUGCGGCGAUGUCCGCCGUGGGUUCUCCUGCUCAUGCGUCGUGCUCCACGUUAGUCGACUCUGGACGAGGGUCGGCGGGAGUGUCCGCCCCCCCGCGUGUGAUGGUGCCGACGCCUGUGCCUCCCUUCGUUCUGGCACCUGCGGCCGUUGUGGCGCCUCCCCAUGCUCUUGACGUGGCGCCCUCUCCUGCGCCUCAUGUUCCGGUGUUGGCGUCGCCUGCUGCGGCGGCGGCUGGUGCUGUUGAGGUGGAACCUGCGUCUGGUGAGGCGCCUCUUCCUGCGCCUGUUCAGGCGCCACCUCCUGUGGCUGCCGUGGCAUUACCCUGGCUUUUCGUGCUGCGUCCCUUGAUGCACCGGACGGGAAGUCUGCCCCUCCGCUCACCGUGGCUCCCUCGUCUGCGCCUGCCCUUCCCCCGGCUGUGCAGCAUCGUAACUCCCGCCCUCAUUUUCCCUCCCCACGAGAUGAACAAGAUGUGUCUCGGCGUCGGCGUGAUUCUCCUCGCCGGCGGCAGCCACAGGCGAACUGGCUUGCGCCCUAGGGUGGCUGGAGGGGAGGUCGCGGUCGCGGGCGUGGCGGGUGGCAGGCCGUGCCUGCGACAAUUGCAGAUGUACGGCAGAUAG